AUGGAUACAGAGAUGCUACCAAUGAGGAAAUAUUCCAACAAAGCACCCCUCCAAAGCAUCUCCGUGAAUGUGGCGAUCCAAGAUUUUGUAGCUGAUGUUAUGUGUGAGCUUCAGUACAAGAAUGAAGGCACCAUCCCCUUGGAGGUCAUUUUUGACAUGCGUCUGGACAAGGAUGUUGCUGUUUAUGGCUUUGAUGGCAUCAUGGAUGGGACACGAAUUGAGGCCCAGAUCAUGGAAAAAUGGCAGGUAGCAGAAAAGGUAAAGGAAAACUGGGGAAAAGAUGCUGCACUCUUUAAAUGGGAUCCAAAGAACAGAGACAUUUUUGGAUGCAUACUGGGUAGCCUUCCUCCAGGUGGGGAAGCCACAUUGAAGUUGAGUUACAUCCAACCUUUGGUUCCAGCAUCUGAUGGGUCUAUCCGUUUUGUCCUGCCAGCUGUACCAAAUCCCUGCAAUGGACCUCAGGGAUCAGAAGAUGAAAAUCCCAUGCAUGUCACACCUGAGAUUCCUGAGGAGCAACUUCCUUGUCCACUUAAUCUAUCUGCUGCAUUGGGUUCUUCCUAUGCCAUCUCCCAUGUGAAGUCAAAUUAUGCCCUUGCAGGUUUUCGGUACACAACUGAAAACCACACCACUGCUCAGGUUUGCUUGGCAGAAGGACAUUACUUUGAGCAAGAUGUGGAAUUGCUAAUAUAUUAUGAAGAAGAAUUUCACAAGCCUGUGGCCCUGGUAGAACGUGGAAAACCUGAGAAUGUUCCAGGUUCAUUGAUGGGAGAUCCAGUGCUUCUGCUUAGUUUUUAUCCCCAGAUCUCCACUCCAAAGCCAGGAAUGAACUCUACUGGUGAAUUCUUGUUCCUGAUGGAUUGCUCCAACGACAUGUCUUACAGCACCGAGAGGAACCCAGAUUCUCAAUCUCGUAUUCAGAGUGCUAAGGAGAUGGUUAUUUUCUUGUUGAAGAGCCUCCCUCUAGGAUCUUACUUCAACAUCUAUGCAUUUGGAUGCAACUACUAUUCAUUUUACCCAAAGAGUGUCAAGUACACACAGUGGACCAUGUUGGAUUCCCUCCGGCGUGUGAUGGGGCUGAAGGCUAAUUUGGGAGAUGCCGAAAUUUUGCAACCACUGAAGGCAAUUUACAGCCAGCCAUGCAUUGAGGGAUAUGCACGUCAGCUCUUUGUAUUUGCACAUAGGGAGACAUCUGACAUGAACGAAGUCAUUGCUGAAGUUGAAACUCACAGCAGCUCCCACAGGUGCUUCACCUUUGGAAUUGGUGAAUGGCCUGCCACCCAUACACUAAAUGGUAUGGCUAAAGUAGGCCAUGGCUGUGCUGAGUUCAUCAAGGACACAAAGAAAAUGCCAUCCAAAGUGAGAAACAUCCAGGCAGCAUUGCAGUCGAUGAAGAAGGCCCUGGAUCCAGUAAUGAUGGACAUCUCUAUUCAAUGGGAUUUGCCUUCUGGGCUUGAGGCCCGGCUUGUACAACCAAUCCCUCAGGUCAUUUACACAGGAGAAUGCUCUCUGAUCUGUGCUCAAAUCUGUGGGCAACAGCAGGAUGUCAGCCUCUCUGAGGGAUCUGUUGUGGUCCAGCACAGCAUACAGGGGUGGACUUUCACAGAGAGGAUAGCCUUCUCACUCCGGGCAAAGGAGAAUAAAAGGUUUCCUCUUCACUGCCUGGCAGCUCGGGCCUUUUUGCAAGAACGGAAAGGAACACAUUCAAUGGAAGAGAUGCAGCUGGCUAUAGAGACAAGCCUGAGCUCUGGAGUGUUGUGCUCUCAGACGGCUUACUUGGUGGUGGACACAGAACCUGGAAAACUGUUCCAAAGCCACAUUUACUUCCAAAAUCUCUUUGGUUUUUGGGGGCCUUAUGAUUUGCGCACAUAUGAUGACAUAAUAGAGCUAAUAGAAUAUAAAAUGAAAGAAGAAUCUACUGGUGUAAUCUUUUCUACAACUUCCUGUCAAUGGCAUCGCUGUCGUUCUCUAUGUAGAAAUACCUGCUUGUUCAAGAAAUUUCACAAAAUAUCUGAAUUUUUGAGGAAGGCUUAUUAUUCAGCAUCCACUGUCCUUGCCAGUAGUGACUUAAGUUGGAAAAGGUAUUCUACCACUGAUGACUUCCUUCUUGCUUAUAGUGCAAUCUUUGAUCAACCUGGUCCCCCAACAAAUGAAAAUCUUGUCUUAAGGCUGAUCUGCUUGCAGAAUGCUGAUGGAUCUUGGCCCCUGGACACCUGUUUGCUCAAUAUUCUAGGUCUAAAUGAAGAGACUUUUGAGAAGAUGCCUAACCAGGUGGCACCAAUGGCAUGGGCAACAGUUCUUGUUAUCCUUUGGCUUCAUAUCCACACUGCAGAAGAGAGUGACAUUUCACAGCUCCUGCAAGCAAAAGCUUUGGGCUGGCUCCAUGAGAAUGCAGGGCUCCAGCUGGCAGUGUGUGUGGAAGCUGGCAAUACUUUCCUGGGAUGUGACCUCACUCUUGACAUUUUUGGGCUCUGACCUUCCCCCUCCUCAUCAGGCUCAUGACUGACCUUUAUUGCUCUCCAUCUUCAUUUGGUUAGUUUUUUCUCAGAUAACUAAAAUACUAUCUAAAAUUGCUGUAUCUUCCUCAACAUGCUUGCUGCACUUCCAGUCCCCCAUUGACUUGCCCCUCUGUGUUUGUGUUGUCUGUAGCUGCUCUUUUGGCAACCAUGAACUGGAAGAAUUAAAGGAGGAUCAAAACAUCUAAAAUGUUCAGGGGGCGGGGUUCUCCAUUGCCUUCCACUAAGGAUGAGAGAGUUUGACUUGUCCAAAGUCACCCAGGGGGUUUCCAUGGCUUAGCAGGAACUUAAACCCUACUCUACAGAUGCAAUGCUCUAACUACUUCUAACUACUAUAUCACAUUGACUCUUAUCCUCAUGGCAUUGUAUGUAAGCUAGCGUAUCGCAUUCCAGCCUUAAGUCUGAUAAAAAUGAGAUAAUCUACAAUCUGAUCAACAAAAUUAUGCAAAUUUCAAAAGGACUUAAAAAAAUAUUGCUGGAAAGCAACAGUGCACAAUGCAACAAACAAACGAACAAAAAUCUCUAACAAAUCCAAACCCUUUAUUUAUUUAUUUAUUUAUUUAUUUAUUUAUUUAUUUAUAUUCCACCUUCUCACCACGAAGGAGACCACUUGAAAGCUUUUAAAAGGGUGCUUAUGACAUUUUUUUUUGUAAUUUUAGAACUUAUUUUUCUAUGGCCUCCAAAAAUCUCUUGAGGUUUGACUGCCAAGGGAUUGGCUGAGAAACAUGCUGAUAAUUAGAGAGGAGGAAAACAUGUCUAUGUGCACUGAAAUUGUUGUAGUAUAAAAUGCAGCAAAACAACUGGAGACAGUUUUUCAUUUCUACCAGUGAUUCUACCACAUCUCAAAAUAGUUCUUGGGACAGGAAAUGCUAAAUGACAUAGUAUAAACAGGUUUUCUCUGCUUGUAGCCAACAACCUGUCUGCCAUAAUUAGUUUGAUACAAAAUCUUCGUCCAUAAUGGCUCAUAUAAAGUUUAAUAAGAGCAUACAAAAGCUCCUAUCUGGCUGGCAAAUCACACUCUUAGCUCUGAGUUUUAAUAUGUUUGUGGGGAUGGCAUUUUGUAAAUAGGCAGCUGUUCAUCUCACACUUUCCUUUCUCUAUGCCCUAGUCAGUGGCUUCAAACUUACCAUGAAAAACA